AUGGCGGAGACGAUCGGAUCAGCUGCUUCAGGGCAUCCGAAUCUCAACUUAACGGCCGAAGAGAAGCGAGUUUACGGCCAACUCCUGAAAGAAGCUGACCCCGAUGGUUUCGGAGCUGUCUCUGGAGAUGUGGCCGUCAAAUUCUUUGAGCGGACAAAGCUGCCGCCGGAUGUGUUAGGACAGAUAUGGCAGAUUGCCGAUACCGAAAAUCGAGGCUUCCUCACGCCAGCAGGGUUUGGAGUCGUGCUCCGACUCAUUGGCCAUGCGCAAAAUGGCCGUUCACCUUCGGCUCAACUUGCAACUCAGACUGCGCCUCUCCCUCGAUUCGAUCCUCACCCAUCCGAGCAACCGGCUCAACCCCUUCCACCCCCUCAGACCUCCCAACCUGUCGUUCAGCAAUCUACGGGACCUCCUGCUAGCCCGACUCCAGCGGCUCCUCCUCCGAUCCGAGUGCCAGCCCUGACACCAGAAAAGGUCGCUGAGUAUUCGACCAUGUUUGAAAAAUCAGGCGCUGAGAACGGAAUCCUCUCCGGCUUGCUAGCUAAACAAAUAUUUGAGAAAGCGAGAUUGCCCAACGAAGUGCUCGGGCGAAUAUGGGGUCUUUCUGACACGCAGGGCCGGGGCUCCUUGGAUGUCACGGAAUUUGUGAUCGCCAUGCAUCUUCUAGCUUCCUACAGGUCAGGCCAGAUGCGUGGCGUUCCCAGCACACUUCCUCCAGGCCUUUAUGAGGCUGCAACCCGUCGGCCGGCUACACGGCUAAGUAGUGGAUCACGUCCGGGCUCAGGUGCUGUCCCCGGCGUGACCUAUGGUGGCCGUCCACAAAGUCCCAUCACAAGGCAGCCGCAAGUAAGCACGCCGCUGUCGUUGUCGGCGCAAUCAACGGGUGAGCCUUGGGUCAUCACUCCCGCCGACAAAGCUCGCUUCGACCAGAUUUUCGCAACUGUCGAUCGCCAAGGAAGAGGCUUUAUCACUGGCGAUCAAGCGGUCGAGUUCUUCGGGAAUGCUAGGCUGCCUGAAGAGAUCUUGGCUCAGAUUUGGGAUUUGGCAGACAUCAACUCCGAAGGUCAAUUGAACAGGGACGAGUUUGCUGUGGCCAUGUACUUGAUCCGACAACAACGAGGAACGAAAGAUGGGCGAGGCAUUCUGCCCGCCACCCUCCCUCCAGCUCUCGUUCCUCCCAGCAUGCGGAAACUUCAGAUUGCACCAGCUCAGCCAACCGCGCCAGCAUUCGAAAAUGCGGCGCCAACAAAACCACGUUCUGCUGCAGACGACUUGUUUGGUCUCGACGCAUUCGGUCCUGCUCCCACAGUUUCUGCAGUCGCGCCUGCUCAGGUGCCACAGUCUACAGGCGGCACUGAUGCCGGGCCGUUCGCCAACCCCCCGGGUGUUUUGACACCGCAGAUGACGGCCUCAACCUUCAAACCAUUUGUGCCGACCAGCUCCUUUGGUCAAAGUAUCAUCCCUCAAUCGACUGGAUCGCCUGCACCGCAACCAAAGGCGCAACCAGACGACCUUCUCGGAGAUGCAGAUCCAGAGAUCAGUUCGAAACUCACAAACGAGGCCAGCGAACUAGGUAAUCUGUCCAAUCAAGUGAGCAGCUUGUCCAAGCAAAUGACGGAGCUUCAAACGGACAAAAGGCAAACUGAGCAAGAGCUGUCCGGCGCAUCUGCACAGAAGAAAGCCUUUGAAGGCAGACUAGCUCAGCUCAGGUCUCUCUACGAAAAGGAGGUCCAGGAAGUUAAGGUCCUCAAAGAACAACUGACGGCUUCCAAGAACGAUACGAAGCGGCUGCAACAGGAAAUGGCCAUGAUCGACGGUACCAAUCAAGAUCUUACAACCCAGCACCAGCAACUUCGUGCUGCCCUUGAAUCCGACCAACGCGAAAAUGCUUCACUAAAGGAACGCAUUCGACAGUUGAACCAGGAGAUUGACCAGCUCAAACCGCAGCUCGAGAAGUUCAAGUCCGAUGCGAGGCAACAGAAAGGUUUGGUCGCAAUCAAUAAGAAGCAGUUAGCUACUAACGAGGCCGAGCGAGAUAGAAUAAAGGCUGAGAUUGCUGCUGCUCAAAAGGAAGUUGAGGAGGCUCGACGAGAGGCCGAGGAGUCGGCUCGACAAGCGGAGGCUUCCAAGAAGGAGUUGGAAGAAACGCGGAAUAUUCCAAUGCCUCAGCCUCCGGUCAAAAGCCCUCCUGUCGCAAGCCCUGCGCCAUCUACAAACUCCAAUCCAUUCUUCAGGCGGACAACGGACACGGCCUUCCCUCCUGCGACCGGCGGGGGUGAGCCAAAGGACAGCCAGAGCGCUUUCGACAGCAUAUUCGGGCCCUCAUUUGCAGCUGCGGCUCCUGCUCCCACAACCUCUUUCUCGAGUCAACCAUCAAUUCCAGCCGGGCAACAAGACCUCCCACAGCUUGAAUCACCAGCGUCCGCAUCCACGCCAAGAGAUGCUGCUGAACCUCCAGCUCCGCCCCAAUCCCGACAGAUCACCUCGGCAGCACUUCCUUUCCGCAGACCACUUGAGAGAGAGGAUUCCAUCAGCUCUUCCAUCAAGGUUGCGGCACCCGCAAGCAGGAUCAGCCCCGGUGAAACGCCCCAACCGCUGACUCCUGCGUCCACCGCAAGCCCGCCCGAGCACAAGGAAUCGACCGACGAUCCCUUCACAGCCGCAGCACCUGAUGAAGAACAGGAAUCUGUUCGCAGGACUCUACCUCAGCCAUCCGCUGGAGAAACAACGGCGGACGAAACCUUCGGUAAGGCUUCAGCCGACCAGUUCAAAGACAUUCCUGGAGCGUUUCCAGCUUCACGAUCCGACACUCCCGGCGUCGAUCCGACAGUGAUUGCUGCAGGGGCCGGCGCUGCAGCGUUGGCCGCUGGCGCAGGUGCCGCUGCUGCCGCCACUGCCACGACUAAUGGUGAUAAACCGACCAGUCCACCACCCACGGCACCCUCCAAGGCCCCUGAGCAGAAUUUUGACGAUUUCUUUGGAGGGCCAGCACACCAGCGCUCAGCGUCUCAGAAGGCAGCUGAUUUUGAUUCUGCUUUUGCCGAGAUGGACAAGCCGAAGGGCGAACCCAACGAGGAGUUCCCGGCCAUUCAGGAACUUGGCGCCGAUGAUGAUGAUGAUGAUAGUAGCGAGUACAGCGAGGACGAGACACCCAUGAAAUUCGACGACGACUUCAACACCAGGUCUCCGCCUCGAGACAGCCCAACUGACGUGAGAACUGGCAAGCAGCCCGAGGUCGCACCAGCGCCGAACAGCACACUGUCACCACGCCCUGCCAUGGCCGGCUCCUUAUCUAAUGCUAGCUCACUGCCCGGGGUGGAAUCCCAACAAUCCCCGCCCAGUUAUGGCGAUGCGGUACCUGAGGACAACCCAACCCAUUUCCCCCGAGAGUUCAAAGGAUUGCUACCAGAGCGUGAAGACCCUACUUCACCGCCUCCAACGGCCGGCGGGUCUAGCCAUCCUGCUCCUCCCCCAAGUGGAGUUCCGCCAGCAUACGGUCCCGAAGUCCACUCAAGAAGUCCCCCAGAAAGCAAAGCGACGGCACCGCCACCUACAACAGGCGCACCGUUUGACUUUGACUCUGCAUUUUCAGGCGUGGGGGCUGCCCCUGUGGAAGACGAUGAGGAUGACGAGGACGACGAGGACGCUGCCUUCAGUCCCCCGAAGAGUGCUGCCCCGGAGUUUGACCCGACUUUCGAUUCGCCUCCGCAACCCUCUCGCGCGCAAUUCCCGUCAGGCCCAGUCACGAACGGGACGCCAAAGGCUGGAAAUGACGAUUUCUAUUCCGCCGUAACGACAUCCGGACCACCCCAGCAAGCCCAGACCACGACUCCUCCUGUCUCGCACGACUGGGACGCUCUCUUCGCGCCAUUGAACACAAAUGCGAAUGACAGUGCUCCCUCGCAACCAGCGGCUGGUUUCCCGCAAAGUCAAACGCAGGCGGUGGAAAUUUCUACACCGUCACCACCGCAAGGGCAGUCGGGUGUGUCUUCCCCGACGCCAGCAAUCGUCGUUCCACCAGCACAGGCGUCAUCUCCGCCACGGUCAAAGGCCGAACGACCUCAAAUCGGUCGCGCGCUGAGUACGGGCACGGAACACGACGACCCAAUCCUCAAGCGAUUGACGGCGAUGGGAUGGUCACGGGAAGAGAGCCUUGCAGCACUGGAGAAAUACGAUUAUAACAUUGACAAGGUGAGUUUCGCGCAACCCGUACCCGGCUAA